AUGUAUUACAACUCGAAGUACUUCAAGAAAGCCGAGCUUUCUUCUAGUGGUCGUCCCGUGCAACUGGGAGAAACGGAUAUCCUGAUUCAAGAUGGCGUGGGAUUGUACCAGGGGAACUACAAGCUGAUCACUCACCAGGACGGAAGAGUGUAUCUAUCGGACAAAAGGUUGGUUUAUGUUCACAAUUCGCAUAUUACUAAACCUGGGGAAAGCCCGAAUCUUGCAUUGGACCUUUUAGACGUGGAUUCCAUAGAAUACUAUGCGGGAUUUCUCAAGAGCAGCCCCAAGAUCACACUCCACAUGAACAAGCUAAAAUCGCAUGUCACGAACGUGAUACUGCAGGACGUAUCGUGGGCAUGUCCAAUCUGUUAUUUUGCCAAUGAGCUGCCCAAAGCCCAAGUUGGCAAGAUCGUGAGUGCACCUGGAAACGCGAGCAACUUCCCUAAGUGCAGGACGUGUGGAGUACCUGCUCCAGCAGAGUUGAUUCUGAGAUUGAUUGAAACCUCGGUCUCGAAACCUCACGAAUCUCACACAGUUACAGGUAAGGGCUUCCAAUGUGACAAGUGUACUUUUUUGAACCAUCCCUCAAUGACGAAUUGUGAGAUGUGCGGCCAUCUACUGAAAGAGCAUCCUGGUGUCGAAGACCAGGGAGUCAACCUGCAAAUUGAAGAAUCCACAGACUUCGACGAGUUCACAAUAAAAAUCAGUUUCCACAAAUCCGGUUCCAAAAUUUUUUUUGAUAAACUAGAAAGCGCGGUUGAAAUGGCCAAAUGGAACAAGUUGACUGAAUCAGACCGUAUCAAUAGAGGCGUCAUCAACGACGAACCACCAAGCGUGCCACAAUUGGGAAUACAUGGUUUGCAGGCCGUGACAAUGAAGAAGAACCUGGAAAGUUCUAAUCUUCUCAAUGACUCCAUCCAGGAUCUGGAGAAUUUGAUGUCAAAAGCCAAGCAGUUGAUAGGUUUGAGUGAAACGUACCAAUCACUGCUGAUGUCAUCUAGAUCACAAACUUCGAAGAUCGACGAUAAUUUGAAGAUCCUGAAGGAAUCAAAGACCACAAUAAAGAUCCUCGAUAGCAUCAUCACCACCAAUGAAAUUUCGCAAGCCCAGAAAGACAAAUCCAAGAGUAAUUAUCUCUGGUCUUUACGCAAGCCAUCAGUCACCGAUGUCAACCGAUCCGGAUAUUCAGAACUUUACAUUGAUGAGCUUGCUCGCCAAAUCUACGAGUUUAUUAUGAACGAAAACCUGCUUGACAGAUCCAGUGUGGUUUCCAUGUAUGAGCUCUACUCGAUGUACAACACGGCCCGAGGAUUAUCGCUGGUAUCUCCGCUCGAAUUGUAUGAUGCCGUUAAGAAGUUCGAGACGUUGCGGUUCAACGUGCGAAUGUUUGAGAUCCCGCUUGUUUCGGUUAAUCUUUCUGAUCUAACGAGUCUUUCUCCUGCCAAAAAGACAGAAAGCAGGAACGAUGGGAAGAUGUAUGUCAUCUCUAGAUCCGACUUCUCUUCCAGUUCAACCGCAAAUAGACUUUUGGAAAUCAUCAACACUCUUGAUGGCGUAUCCGUGCUGGGUCUCCAAAACCACCCCGGUCUCAGCAUGAAUUUCAUGAUUUUGAGCUCAAUGGUCACACAGCUAUGUAUGGACGGGAAAGUUUGCGUUGACAUUCGACUGGAAGGCGCAUUCUUCUACAAAAACGAGAUCCUCGAAUUCGAAUGGGACUGA